AUGGCAGCUCUGUGUGAGAACGUGUUGGCAGUCAACAUGUUACUGGGUGUCUUAUUUCUUCCAGGUGAUUUGGCUGAUUGUCCCAAUCCAGUCCUUUUUGCUGACACACCUGGGCAGAUUGAAGCACUGAGUGGAUCUUGUUUGCAGAUCCCAUGCAUGUUUAAUUCAACGGAUUCCAGAUAUGACAAGACCAGAAGUAUUUAUGGAAUUUGGUUGAGAAACAGCAAAUAUACAGAUUCUGCUAUUUUUAACAGCAGUGGCUCAGUUAACACCUAUUCACUGAAAAUGAUCGGAAACCUGAAAGAGGAAAACUGCACCACUCUGUUUCCUGAUUUAAACGCCAGUCAUGCAGACACAUACUUCCUCCGAAUUCAGAACUGGCCGUUUAGGGCAACAGCUGCUUGUGAGCCUGUUCAGAUAAAAGUAAGAGCUUCUCCUUGGAGUCCCAGCAUUAACAUCCCUGCUGAUCUGAAGGAGCAUCAGUCUGUCACUAUCAGCUGCUCAGCUUUGACUCCCUGUCCACACUCACCUCCUGAACUCACCUGGAAUCUCCAACAAGACUCUCACAGACAAACAGAGGAAAACACAGAGGGAACCUUUACAACUAAAAUCCAGGAGACCAUCACUCUGUCAGACACACAUGAUGGAUACAACAUCAGAUGUUCUGCCACAUAUCCUGUGAAUGGAGGAAACAAGACAGCAGAGACAGAAGUGACUCUCAGUGUUUCAUAUGCUCCUAAAGACACCUCAGCAUCCAUCAGUCCAUCAGGUUUGGUGUCAGCAGGUAGCUGGGUGGAGCUGAGCUGCUCCAGCAGAGCCAAGCCUCCUGCCAGCUUCACCUGGUUCAGGAACAGCAAACAUGGAGCCAUUAAUGUAUCUGUGGGGCAGGUUUACAGCUUCUAUGCUACUGAGGGAGGAGAGUAUUACUGUGAGGCUACAAAUGAUCUGGAUUCUCCUUGGAGUCCCAGCAUUAACAUCCCUGCUGAUCUGAAGGAGCAUCAGUCUGUCACUAUCAGCUGCUCAGCUUUGACUCCCUGUCCACACUCACCUCCUGAACUCACCUGGAAUCUCCAACAAGACUCUCACAGACAAACAGAGAAAAACACAGAGGGAACCUUUACAACUAAAAUCCAGGAGACCAUCGUUCUGUCAGACACACAUGAUGGAUACAACAUCAGCUGUUCUGCCACAUAUCCUGUGAAUGGAGGAAACAAGACAGCAGAGACAGAAGUGACUCUCAGUGUUUCAUAUGCUCCUAAAGACACCUCAGCAUCCAUCAGUCCAUCAGGUUUGGUGUCAGCAGGUAGCUGGGUGGAGCUGAGCUGCUCCAGCAGAGCCAAGCCUCCUGCCAGCUUCACCUGGUUCAGGAACAGCAAACAUGGAGCCAUUAAUGUAUCUGUGGGGCAGGUUUACAGCUUCAAUGCUACUGAGGGAGGAGAGUAUUACUGUGAGGCUACAAAUGAUCUGGGUGAUGAUGCAUCAUCAACAGUCUGUAUCAGUAUCAAAGAUUCUCCUUGGAGUCCCAGCAUUAACAUCCCUGCUGAUCUGAAGGAGCAUCAGUCUGUCACUAUCAGCUGCUCAGCUUUGACUCCCUGUCCACACUCACCUCCUGAACUCACCUGGAGUCUCCAACAAGACUCUCACAGACAAACAGAGAAAAACACAGAGGGAACCUUUACAACUAAAAUCCAGGAGACCAUCACUCUGUCAGACACACAUGAUGGAUACAACAUCAUCUGUUCUGCCACAUAUCCUGUGAAUGGAGGAAGCAAGACAGCAGAGACAGAAGUGACUCUCAGUGUUUCAUAUGCUCCUAGAAACACCUCAGCAUCCAUCAGUCCAUCAGGUUUGGUGUCAGCAGGUAGCUGGGUGGAGCUGAGCUGCUCCAGCAGAGCCAAGCCUCCUGCCAGCUUCACCUGGUUCAGGAACAGCAAACAUGGAGCCAUUAAUGUAUCUGUGGGGCAGGUUUACAGCUUCUAUGCUACUGAGGGAGGAGAGUAUUACUGUGAGGCUACAAAUGAUCUGGAUUCUCCUUGGAGUCCCAGCAUUAACAUCCCUGCUGAUCUGAAGGAGCAUCAGUCUGUCACUAUCAGCUGCUCAGCUUUGACUCCCUGUCCACACUCACCUCCUGAACUCACCUGGAAUCUCCAACAAGACUCUCACAGACAAACAGAGAAAAACACAGAGGGAACCUUUACAACUAAAAUCCAGGAGACCAUCACUCUGUCAGACACACAUGAUGGAUACAACAUCAGAUGUUCUGCCACAUAUCCUGUGAAUGGAGGAAGCAAGACAGCAGAGACAGAAGUGACUCUCAGUGUUUCAUAUGCUCCUAAAGACACCUCAGCAUCCAUCAGUCCAUCAGGUUUGGUGUCAGCAGGUAGCUGGGUGGAGCUGAGCUGCUCCAGCAGAGCCAAGCCUCCUGCCAGCUUCACCUGGUUCAGGAACAGCAAACAUGGAGCCAUUAAUGUAUCUGUGGGGCAGGUUUACAGCUUCAAUGCUACUGAGGGAGGAGAGUAUUACUGUGAGGCUACAAAUGAUCUGGAUUCUCCUUGGAGUCCCAGCAUUAACAUCCCUGCUGAUCUGAAGGAGCAUCAGUCUGUCACUAUCAGCUGCUCAGCUUUGACUCCCUGUCCACACUCACCUCCUGAACUCACCUGGAAUCUCCAACAAGACUCUCACAGACAAACAGAGAAAAACACAGAGGGAACCUUUACAACUAAAAUCCAGGAGACCAUCACUCUGUCAGACACACAUGAUGGAUACAACAUCAGCUGUUCUGCCACAUAUCCUGUGAAUGGAGGAAACAAGACAGCAGAGACAGAAGUGACUCUCAGUGUUUCAUAUGCUCCUAAAGACACCUCAGCAUCCAUCAGUCCAUCAGGUUUGGUGUCAGCAGGUAGCUGGGUGGAGCUGAGCUGCUCCAGCAGAGCCAAGCCUCCUGCCAGCUUCACCUGGUUCAGGAACAGCAAACAUGGAGCUAUUAAUGUAUCUGUGGGGCAGGUUUACAGCUUCAAUGCUACUGAGGGAGGAGAGUAUUACUGUGAGGCUACAAAUGAUCUGGGUCAUCAGAGAUCUUCAGUGAUUUAUUUUCCUGUCACAGGUUUUCUGUGUGGGCCCCUUUAUUGGGGAACGAUUCCAGCGGGAUGUUUGGUGUUUGCCUGUUUGUUUGCUAUUCUUUGGUGCUUUAAUGCCAAACAUUCAGCUCCUCAGUUGACUCAGGGUCAAACAAGUGAUGUCCAAAUGUCAGUCAAGAAACAAGAGGAAGAAUUCUAUUAUGGAGAAAUAACCUUUUGCAAAGAGAAUCCUGAAACUUCCUCUGUAAUGGUGCAAAACAAUGAAGAGCAGGAGACUGUGUACACAGAGGUAAAACUGACUAAGCCAGAAGACAACUCAACGCAGACUACUGAGAGUCCAGAGGAUCAGUGUGAUCAAGAAAAAACAGAAUAACCUUUGUUGUGUGAUGACUUACUUUUAGUUUGCAGUGGAUGGUUAAUGAUAAAGGUUCAGAUGGUCUUUAUCUCAAGACCGCAUCUUUCAAUGCACAAAUAUUUGUCAGUUAUUAGGGAUGAAGAAAAUGGCCUUAAGUUUAUCCAAACAUUUUGUGAUAUUUAUUAGGAUAACAAUAAAAGUGAUGGGAAAAUGAUCUAAAAAUCCGUUGCAGUCUCCUUUGGCAAAAGAUUGUAUGGCUGCAGGUGCACGGCAUUACAUUCAAAGGCCUGCACAUACAAAUGCUGUUUAGAUAAUUAUUUUAUGGAGCUCUCUUAAUGAUAGUUAUUGGUGUCCUCAUAAAAGGGCAAAAUUAAAAGUAAGAAUCAUGUCUGUCUUUUGUCUCUGUCCAUUGGUGUAGUAUGCGAGUAACUGACACAGCGCCAUUCUCAGUAUGAUCUGCGUACUGAAUGUUCGUUCAUGCCUCAACACAGGCUUCAUAGGCUGAGUCACAGUGUGAAUGAGUAGCAGCCUGCUUCGUUCGUUAGUGCUAUGAAAGAAGCUGGCCAUGAUUUGAUAAUUCUAUGAACGAUGCCGACCUGCCUUGGUCAUUUGUGCUGUGAAUGAAGCUGGCUUUGAUUCAUUUGCACUGUGAAAGAAGCAGCGCAGUAAUGCAAUGACAAGGCGAGGGUGUGGUCAUAUU